GACGUCUACAGCUACGGGAUCUGCCUUUGGGAGGUGUACUGCUGCGACAUGCCGUACGCGGACCUGAGCUUCUCGGAGGUCACGUCCGCUGUUGUUCGUCAGAACCUGAGGCCGGAGAUCCCGCGGUGCUGCCCGAGCGCGUUUGCGAACGUGAUGAAGCGGUGCUGGGACGAGAACCCCGACAAGCGGCCGGAGAUGGCGGAGGUGGUGACGAUGCUGGAGGCGAUCGACACGUCCAAGGGCGGGGGCAUGAUCCCCGUGGACCAGGCGCGCGGCAUCGGGUGCCUCUCCUGCCUCAGGCCGCGCAGGGGGGCCUGA